UUUUCGUUGCAAAACGCAACUGUUUGGACUAAUGAUCACACCCCUUGUAUAAAAAGUCCAGCAACAGGCCAUUUUAGCAGACAUAAGCGUGGUUGACGUCUACAAGGAAAAUGUCUGGAAGUAAGUUCUACCACCUGACAGCAAAGCUACUUUCAGGAGAAUUGUUGAAUUUCUCGUCGCUUGAGGGUAAAGUGGUGCUGAUCGAGAAUGUGGCGUCUCUCUGAGGUACGACCACCAGGGAUUACACCCAGAUGAACGAGCUCCAUGAACGGUACACCGACAAGGGGCUCGUGAUUCUGGGGGUGCCCUGCAAUCAAUUCGGACAUCAGGUAAGGCUGGGGGUGAUGGAUUUCUCAACUCUUAAUAUAGGGUAAUAACUAUUAUUUCUGAUCAUAGCUCAUCAUCAAUGCAAACUUGCAAGGUGCAGACCAGUCUCUACUCUGACCGGUUGGCAGGUGGAGUGUGGUGGGCAGGUGGAGCACAAAUUAAACUGUUCUUGCUGUUGUUCAAUUAACGUGUGUGUGUGUGACCUGUGCCUAUUUGGACAUUGUCCCACGCCAGAUUCUAUAUUCCUCAAUCCCAAAUGAAGGGGAAAGAACAUGUGGGUUUCUUUCACGUUUAUUGAGGGUUCUGGUUAUGACUUUGGACAAGGGACUCAUUUUGAUAGACCACUUGAGGUCAAACAUCAAACUUUGCCUGUACAUGUUACAUUCUUCCCACAAUCUACUCCUGCAGGAGAACUGCAAUAACGAAGAGAUUCGGAUGUCCUUGAAGUAUGUCCGUCCGGGAAAUGGCUUUGAGCCCAAGUUCCAGCUCCUUGAGAAAGUGGAUGUGAACGGGAAGGACGCCCACCCCCUGUUUGUGUACCUAAAGGAGAAGCUGCCGUUCCCAAGCGACGAGCCCAUGGCCUUAAUGAAUGACCCCAAGUGCAUCAUCUGGAGUCCCGUUGGCAGGAAUGACAUCGCCUGGAACUUUGAGAAGUUUCUCAUCGGGCCAGACGGAGAGCCAUUCAAGCGCUACAGCAGGAGAUUCCUGACCAGCAACGUUGAGGGUGACAUCAAGAAGCUUCUCAACAUGGCAAACUAAACCGUCCAAGUGUUGUUCACACAGAGGCAAUGGUGGGGAGUAGAAAUCAUGCCAAUAUGGGUGUGAUUUGCAUUUCUAAGUAUAAAGUAUUGUCACACCUUGCAAGUAUGGUCACACCUUGGAAAAUGUCCUUGGCUGUAACUCAAAAGGCAACAACUGGACUUUCAACAGUUUACCGUUCAAUAAAUACUAACUCCUCCUCACAAGCUCUGUGUGACCGCAGCACAGCACCCAUUAUCUUUUCAAAUCAUGUGCCGUGCUCUCAUGUGCAAAAUGUUGCUGUGUUCUGAACUUUUAUUAAAUGAAGCCAUCCUUUGAAACCACAUCUUUUGUGAGGGGGAUAUCUGAUGAAAUAUAAAAGUCUUAACAUAACAGUUGCAUUGGGCCCAUGUAAAGCAUGACCGUGUCUUAAAGUUGACCAAAUAAAUAUUUUUUACUAAGAAUCUUUGUAUUUAUUCUUGUCUCAGUCUGCAUUGUAUUUUACAGGAGUUUGGUGUGCGUAAUGCUCAGGUCCAAUGUGAACGUCUGGCUAAAAUGUGGUGUAGGGUGAGGUUGCCCUUAGAUG